CCGGUGGGACUGAAAAACUUUGAGCCCUUGCUGCUAUUUUUUCCCUUCCACCUUUCCGCUUUUAAACCACCUUUGCACACGCCAUGAAUCGUUUGGUCACCAAAGCUUUCCAGCAGACUCGUUUGAGCACACGCUCUUCCACCGGCAUUCUUAACCGUCUCUACUCUACUCACAAGGAGAUCAAAUUCGGUGUCGAAGGCCGUGCUGGUCUCUUGAAAGGUGUCGACAUUUUGGCCAAGUCGGUCGCUGUCACUCUCGGUCCCAAGGGCCGUAAUGUUUUGAUCGAACAACCCUACGGCUCCCCCAAGAUUACCAAGGAUGGUGUGACCGUUGCCAAGUCCAUUGUUCUGGAAGACAAGUUUGAGAACUUGGGUGCUCGCCUCGUUCAGGACGUUGCUAGCAAGACCAACGAACUUGCUGGUGAUGGUACCACUACUGCUACCGUGUUGGCUCGCGCUAUCUUCACUGAAGGUGUCAAGAAUGUCGCCGCUGGUUGCAAUCCUUUGGACCUUCGUCGUGGUUCCCAGAUGGCUGUGGAUGCUGUCAUUGAUUUCUUGAAGUCUCACACCAAGGUUAUCACCACCGCCGAAGAAGUUGCGCAAGUCGCUACUAUCUCGGCUAACGGUGACAAGCACGUUGGUGGCAUGAUUGCUCAAGCUAUGGAGCGUGUCGGUAAGGAAGGUGUGAUCACUGUCAAGGCCGGCAAGACCAUCGAGGAUGAACUUGAAAUCACCGAGGGUAUGCGCUUCGAUCGCGGUUUCAUCUCGCCCUACUUCAUCACCGAUACCAAGACUCAGAAGGUUGAAUUCGAGAAGCCCUUGAUUUUGCUUUCCGAAAAGAAGAUCUCCUUGUUGCAAGAUGUUUUGCCUGCUCUCGAAACCGCUGCUACCCAACGUCGUCCUCUUUUGAUCAUUGCUGAAGAUUUGGACGGUGAGGCUUUGGCUGCCUGUAUCUUGAACAAGCUCCGUGGCCAGCUUCAGGUGGCUGCUGUCAAGGCUCCUGGUUUCGGUGAUAACCGCAAGUCCAUUUUGGGCGAUAUUGGUAUUUUGACCAACUCGACCGUCUUCUCCGACGAACUUGAGACCAAGUUGGAAAGAGCUACUCCUGAAUUCUUCGGUACUACCGGUUCCGUUACAAUUACCAAGGAAGAUACCAUCAUCUUGAAUGGCGCUGGUAGCAAGGAUUUGCUUAACCAGCGUUGCGAACAGAUCCGUGGUGCUAUUGCCGAUCCUUCCACCUCGGACUAUGAGAAGGAGAAGCUCCAAGAACGUUUGGCCAAGCUCUCCGGUGGUGUUGCCGUUAUCAAGGUCGGUGGUGCCUCCGAAGUUGAAGUUGGUGAAAAGAAGGAUCGAUUCGAUGAUGCUUUGUGUGCUACUCGCGCCGCUGUUGAAGAAGGUAUUGUGCCCGGUGGUGGUGUUGCUCUUCUCAAGGCUGCCAAGGCCCUCGAUAGCUUGAAGGCUGCCAACUUUGAUCAGCAACUUGGUAUCAACAUUAUCCGUCAGGCCAUCCAGCGUCCUUGCCGUACCAUUGUUGACAAUGCCGGCGGUGAAGGUUCGGUUGUUGCUGGCAAGCUUUUGGAAGAUGACUCCCAGAACAUCAACUGGGGUUAUGAUGCCGCUACCAAUGAAUAUGUUGAUAUGAUCGAGCGUGGUAUCGUUGAUCCUACCAAGGUCGUGCGCACGGCUUUGGUUGAUGCUUCCGGUGUUGCUUCCCUUUUGACCACUACUGAAUGCAUGAUUGUGGAUGCUCCUGAGAAGCAAAAGGGUGGUAUGCCUGGUAUGCCUCCUAUGGGUGGCAUGGGUGGCAUGGGUGGCAUGGGUGGCAUGGGCGGUAUGAUGUAAAAAAAAAAAAAACCAAACCUAACUACACCUAUUGUACCCCUUGACUCCAAAAAAAGUUUUCUUUUAUCUCUGCUUGUAAUUUAAGCUAUUUUUCUACCAAAAUGCAUUUGUGAUCCUCGAUCGUAAUAAAACAGAAAGACACUAGAGGAAUCUUUACUGUAAUGAAUUCUUUC